AUGGUUGUCCUUACAAUCGAAGAAUGGCAGCGCCAAUCCACUCUGCUCAUACAAGCACGCCCGACGACAACCCGCAUCACAACCAAAUACAAUAUCCCCAACCUCGAGUCCGCAAAGUACAACAAGAGCAAGAAGAGGAAGCGAAAUACUGGAAUUGACGAGAAAGAGGAGGAGCAGCAACAGCAGGAAGCAGCGCCUAGGAUUCCAAGAGCGACCCUUACACUCAAAACCUUCGAUCCCGAAUCCGGUGUGGUGUUGCAAUUCAAAACGGACAGAGCAGCGGAUGUAGGUCGCGCGAUCAAUGGCCUUGGGCGCUUGGGAAGGUACAUGGCUGCGUUACCGGAGCAGGUGGAAGGUAUGUUGUCCCUCAAUGCUCUGUCCGGCUGGACGCUCAGUCAGUUCUAA